UGUCAGAAUGUUACCGAGUAAAGAUCUCGCCGUACGCUUCCUUACUUUAUGGAUUUUCAUAAAUAACGCAAAAUGCCAGGAUCUAAACGAAAUGUCGAAGACAUUGGACGAAAUGCUUGGCAAUAGUAGAUCAUUUCGAAGACCCCGAGAUCACGAAGAGACAUCGAUAAUUUGGCAAGAGUAUGAAUUCGGUACUGGUGCUGGAAAUCGAGAAGAGGUUGUUGUUACAAAUAUUUCAUUGCAUUCGCUGGAUAAUAUAACUCAAAAGAUUAAUAUAUCAGAAAACAGUUGGCAAUGUCUGCAAAUGGAAGCGAGUUAUUUUAUUUGUGCUGAAAAUGCAACAUUGUUUUUCUACAAGAUUAACUGGGACGAUUUGUCAGUCGAACAUGUUAUAAGUAUACCGACUGAGGGAGACAUAUUACAGUUUAAAGUUCUCAACUUGAAUGUCGAGGCAACGUUUAAUGAAAAUCGUACGAACAAUCUAAUGGCACUUCUGCUGGUUAAAUCCCAACGCGAUUGUUUUCUGUAUUGGUAUGCAAUUUCGGGAAAUGCACAUAUGCUGUAUUUUAAAUGGCAAAUGCAGAAGCAAAUUCAAGAUAUGGAAUUUGUGCGAGGGAAAAUUCAACAUGAAUUAUUGUUACUUCACAAUGCGUAUCUCGAACAAUCACUGAUUGAAAUUUACGGUUUCGAUGUUGACCAUAGCAAUCAUCGUAUCCAUAUAUGGCUGUGUUGGCGAUCAUUUGUUCCGAAAGUGUUCAACACUCAAGUUUGUCCAAUUUAUGGACGUCCCGUGCUAGCUUUUCAAGGAGUCGACAGCGUAGUUCUGUAUGAAUCGAAAAGUCAAGAUAAAUCAUGCCAGUUUGAGAAAUUAAAAGAUAUCAAGUCCAACAAACUUACACAUUUUGCCUGCUUCGAAAGCGGUUACAUCAAAUAUUUGGCAAUUGGCGGAGAAGAACUGCAUUUAUUUCACAUUUUUGAAGACGACUUUCAAAAUAACGCUGAGACGAGUCUGCAUUUCGACGAAACAACCACAAUCGUACGGAUAGUCGCAAUACCACUGGAUACAUAUCGGGAUGAGUCCUUGCUGCUAGUUGAGUUAAAAAAUUUAACCGUACUCGCGUUGGCUUGGCACGGAUCGAGGUUUAAGGUUGUGCCUUUGUCCAGUCAGGUCUUAAAUAACUUUAAUCUGUCAAAAAUUGUCGUCAUUCCUAAAAUCGGAUUCGUGCAUGUGAACACGCUUGUACGUAUACAAGUGUCCUUGAGCGAAUCGGCGCAUCCUAUUCACCACGAAACGGAAAGUGUACUAAAGACACGAGCUUUAUUGGAAGAGGUGUUUCGAAAACAAGAAGCCAUCUUUGAUAAGACUGAAGUGCAGUUUAAUCAAAGUUACCUUGCGAGUCCUGUGACAGCAGCAUAUUGGAAUCUUGCGAAAGUAAACGUAUCAAACGCCACAAUCGAAAGACAUGUAAAUUAUGACGCCAUCAAAGUCGGUUCGGUCAAUUUGGAGAUGAAAGACGUAUCGAUAAACGUGACGUCAAAUUUAAAGAAAUUAGAGGAACUAGAGACGCGGCUCGAUCGAAUCUUACCGGAAUUGAAAAACGUGACUAACUCGGCGAAAAUCUUCUUACCAGACAUUGUUGAAUUAACUGGAGAUUUUCUAGUGAAUGGUACUCUACGUGUGAAAAAUCUAACCGCCGCCUUUAUUAACAACGCGUCAGCUUCCACCGUAGCGAGCGAUCUUCAAAUCGCCAAUCGCGACAUUAUUAACGGCCAGAAAUCUUUUCCCUCAAUCGACGCCGAUAACUUAACAGUUUUCUCUUUAAAUGGCAUACCACUGGGAGAAAUAGUGUUUGAUUUUACAAUGAGAAAUUACAGCGACGUAAACUUGUCGAAAUUAAAGCGAUUAAAGGUUGACGGACACCUGAGCUUUUCCAAAGUAAAUAACAUUACUUGGGAAGAGCUGAUGCAAGGUAUAGUUUGGAAAGAUGAAUCAACAAUUAUUUCUGGAGAGACAAUUGUGGAAGGGCUUGUCGCUGAAGAACCUUACGUGUCAUUUCUGAAUGGUUUGUCAUAUCCAGAAAAUUAUGUUUCAACGGGUGGGAUAUUUUCUACCAACAUUACUGGCGAAAAGCACUUCACCAACCUGUCUGUAGAACAUUUGCUAGGUAUCGCGGCGAUAAACAAGAUAAAUAUCGACGAUUUCAUUAUUCCCAGCAGACAUAAAGUUAUUGACGCAGAAAUUACAUUUGAAAAUCUGGAAAUUGAAGGAGCCUUUCAGAUCGAUGGAAAUGUAACGGGUACUAACGUAAGCAGCGCAGAAGGUCUGCUUAACGAAACCGACAGUCUUUUGUCAGCUAUUAUUUUUGAAAGUCUGACCGUUGUGGGAGACAUUGUACUCAAAAAUUCAAUCAACGCCAAAACGUGGUUGGAUCUCGACGAUUUUUUAUUAAAAACCGAAAACGAUGCAUUAAUUAUUGGAAAUAAAACAUUCUGGAGCGCUGUCAACAUAAACGCUCGCGCAAAAAUUCAAUCUAGACGAAUUAAUCAUCACCUUUUCUCAGAAUUCGUAACAUUAAACAGUAAUCAACAGUUUCCUCAUUUGACGAGGAUGUCGGCAAAUGUCUUAUUCGAAAAUGUAACUCUUGGCACUAUGAACAAGUUGGAGCAUUACAUAACCCACGAGCAAGAUACCGCUUCUGGUUGCCUAAAUAAAAUAUUAUUAUUUAUCAAAUCGUCCAUUGUUGAUGAUUUGUCGUUUGAUACCAUUAGGCAAACUAUUUCGCAGGCCACGUUCCUUGAUAAAAUUAAUAAAACUUUGCGACAAGUGCAUUUCGAGAAUUUGACAGUCUCGACGUUACUGACCGAUGAGGUCUUGCCAAACACAAUCAACGGACUCAACUACAGUGACUUGGCCACACGCGCGUUAACACUCUAUGCGCGGCAGAAUCUGACAGGCGCUUUAAUAGUUGACAAUUUGGAAACUGAUACUUUGGACGUAGAAAUGAUCAAUGGAGUGCCUCUCAAUACGUGGAAUCUGUCAUUAACAAACGCAAAAUCACUUUACGAUGACGUUUUUCACGGAAGUGCAGCGAUAAGAUCUCUACGAGUGACAGGGAUGAUAACGGCGUCUUCGAUUAAUGACAAUGACAUUAUUGACAUUUACAAAGAAGAUGAUAUGGCGACGGUUACUUUCAAUAAAAACGUAUCGAUCGAAAAUUUACGAGUAAUUGGCUUCGUAAACAAUUUGAACUUGACCGAAUUUAUUGCCGAUACUGUUCAGAAAGACGAGAGAAAUAUUACGUUCACAGGUCACAAGACAUUUAGAAAUGUCACAUGCGACUCUUUAGGGGCGCAAUUUGUAAAUGGACAUUUUAUAAACGACAUCCUGAAUCCAAAUGAAACGCAAACGCUGAAAGGUCCAGUUAUUAUAAAUGGCUCGGUCGUGGUUUUCAAAAAUUUCAAUACAACUGGCAAGAUUGGAAAUUCCGUAUACUUGAGCGAUUUCACAGAUAGUUUUGAGUUAUCUGAAAAUAACUCUUACGUGCUUCGCGGCAAUUUUUGCUUCACUGAAGCUGCAUCCAUAACAAAACUGAAUGUAAAUGGAUCAAUUGAAGGAUCAACGUUGGACAGUUUCCUCGACACAGUAAUCUUUAGGAAUGACACCGAUAUCACAAUAUUUGGAUUGAAAUUAUUUAAACAUUCAGUUACGUUUAAUGACGCAUUUAACAUCGACGGGAGCCUGAACGAUUUAGAUUUACAUGGAUUUCACAAAAAUGUCGUUUACAUUGAUAAACCUUUCGCGAUCGAUAGCAAAGUCACGUUCCGAAAAGACGUCCGUCUACAAAAAGAUCUUGUAGUAAAGACAAGAUUGCAAUCAAACACUAUUAUGGGAGUUGAUAUAAAAGACUUGCAGGAGAAUGUUGUCGGUCUUAACAUGCCAAAAUAUUUCUCAGGACGGAUGACACUCGACAAUGUGACUUUUCAGACGAGUAUAAAAACCAUGCAGGUCAAUGACUUACAACUGGAUCAAUUGAUUUUGUUAAAUACGCGACAGUUUAUCACGAUCGAUAAACUUAAUUGCACUAAUGUUACUGUCAGAAACAUUCAAACGCCAGGACGUAUUAACACCUACGAUCUAGAAGACAUCUAUUCCGACACUUUUAUGAUAUAUGGUAAUCAGAAUAUUACAGGACACAUAAAGAUAGGAGGAAACAUUUAUGCACACCAUGACUUUAACGCUCAUCUUAUCAAUAAUUUUAACCCUACAAAAAUUAUUUCUUUAACUACAAACGAUACUGUAACUGGAAACUUUAUGUCCAAAACUCCAAUUGUUCUCGAUAAAAGUCUUAGAACUUCGGGUCUUUUGAACGGUGUAAUAGACUCAAUUAAUUGGCAAGAAAAAGCAAUAAGAACAACAGGUGAAGCAAAACAGAUUGUAUCCGGGAAGUGGAGGGUACAUGGGAAUGUCCAUUUUAAAGAGAACGUUGAUGGAAGUGAGUUUUUGAAUCAAGUUAAUGUCACCGACAUAUCAUUGGCUCUAACAAAGGAAUAUCCUGAAAUCGAUCAGGUUAUUGAGGACACAUACGAGGAUUUGAAUAACAUAUGCGCAGCUCACUUAGAUAUACUCAAAUGCAAUACAAUGAAUCAGAUAUAUAAAUUCAAUGCAUUUGAUUAUUUAAAAAUUCAGGAAUUCGAAGGCGAUAUUCACGAUAUCCGUAAUGUGGAAGUAAACGAUGUGGAUUAUAUGCUAGUGAAUUAUAAUAUUUGCCAUAUAAAACUUCUGUCGUAUACUCAAACUGAUUUUCAAGUGAUCGAUGAAGUAUUUGAUUUUGGAUUAAUUGACCAAUGGAUGUUUUUCAAAUCGAAUCGAGUUUUAUAUCUGCUUACCAUCGCAAAACACGCCUGCGGUAGAAGCCUUAACAAUAUAUGGAAGCUGGAAGAUAAUAGAUUGAUGCAUGUGCUAGAACUUGGUAAUGUCACAGACAUGAAUUUGCAUCGAGAUGAAUUUGAAACAAUAAUACGAGAGAAGUUCGAAUCUGCGUCUGACAAUGUAAAUCCGGAUAUAUUAAAAGAUAUCGUCUCGUACAGGAAUGAAAAAUUAAAUUCUGUUUCAAGCAGCGAUCUCAUUGUCCUAGCCAACCAAUCGUUAACUUAUAAAUUGGAAGAAAGGUCUUUAAAUAGCACUUAUGUAAACAAUUGUCUCGAUUGUGGUAUCCUAUUUACUGUCAAAGUAGGUAUUUAUGGAAGAGAAGAGUACAUCCACUACGACGAAAGAGUCAGCCAAGAUUAUAUAUAUCUGUACAAAAGUGACAUUUCACAAACCAGGAUCUUGCAGACUAUAAAAGCACGUCGGCCCAAAUCAUUCUUGAUUCUAGAUCUUGGUGGAUCUGUCGAAACGCUGCUUGUUUUCGUAGAAAACGAUGAUAUUAUUCAAGUUUAUGAGUAUACAGGUAUCGAGGGUUUCGUGCAUCGAAAUAUGAUACAAAUGAAAGUCGAUAAGUUAUACAACUUUAAAGUAAGAAAAUACACAAAUUUAGAAAAGAGACGCUGUUUGGCUGUCGUUCACAAAAAUCGACUAACAAUUUUAGAGGCAAAAAUGUAUGGCGAAAAAUUAGACUCAAAAACGUUAGAUACGGAUUUUUGUUAUAUUAACAAAUGCUAAAUGUAUUAGAAAAAUAAGUAUAUGAUACAUAUAUACUAUAUA